AUGGAUAACGCGCGGCCUUUCCAAAGAAACUACAAGGCGUGCGACAACUGCCGGCUCAAGAAGAAAAGAUGCGAGCUUGGAGGGGACCAGCAAGGCGUCUAUGGCUUCACGGGUCCGCCGUGCGCCCAGUGUCGCCGUGAGCGCCGGCAGUGUGUUUUCCGAGAAGCUCGAGAUACGAAGAAACGGCAUUAUAGUGGCCGCUCCAGGCCCAUCACAAGAGCCUCGGGCCGACAUGGACGCUCUGAGAAGCUGCAGUCGUCGUCUCAACCCGACAAGCACUCGCGGACUAUUGACACGGCUGUGACGAUGGAUACGAACCUGGUCGGUUUGACAGCAUCGCCACCGUCUUUGCCGUUUGAUCCGUCUGCUGUACCCCGGAGUGGUCUGCACGGCGAUGCCCAAAUACUGUCGGAUCGUUCCAGCAAACUUGUAACGGAUACAACCAUCUUGAAGGGCAAUGAUGCAAUCGACAUCCUUCUCGAGGCAGCAGCUGGACAAGGAUCGAGAUCUCCAGCCAGUCUCAUCUCAUCGCAGCCUCCCAGUCCGCGAGGAGGCAACCCAUUGACCAACUCAGACUUUCAUCAAGAAGAACUUGGCCUCGAGGCUGACGCAACGUCUGUAUCUCCCAAGAGCUCAUGCUUGAAGCUAAUCAAGCAGAGCUCUAUUGAGGCCAACACCUUGUCGGCGUGGAAGAGCUCUGUAUUUGUGCGCACUGGUCUCUUAUCUGCCGAACAUGCCAUCACCCUCGUCGAUGCUUUCUUUAACAAUUUGGCGCCACUCACAUUUGUGGGAACACGCAGCCUCUUUCAUCGACCAGAUCGCAUCCAGUUGCUGCUGCGGGAACCUCUCCUUUGCACGGCCAUACUCCUGAUCUCAUCGCGGCAUCAUUCCGUACCGGCUGCGGCAUCUUCAUCUCGACGAUUCUUCAUCCACGACGAACUCUGGGGACGCGCUAGCCAGAUUAUUCAACGAAUUAUGCUGGGCCAAGGGCAAGGCUUGCGUUCCGUCGCAUCCAUUGAGGCAUUGCUACUGCUGGCUGAAUGGUAUCCGGCGCCGCUGAACGCACGAAGCUCAUGGGAUGAGACUGAGGAAGACGGCGGGUUUCUAAACGAGGCAGCUGGUGACUCGUAUAAAUACAAAUCCACAAACAGAACUCACAUUCUAAAGCAGCAAGAUCAGACGCGGUGGAUGCUCCUCGGGGCUGCCCACUCGCUUGGUCACGAAAUCGGCGUCUUCGAGCAAGGUCGUCACGCCUUUGGCAACCAUACAGAUGCAGGCUCAGACAUUCGCGAUUUACUGCUCGCACACAUGACUAUCCUUGCUGCACGACUUGGUUUGCAUACGAUGAUACCAGUCUUGUAUAGUCAAGAUUCUCCUAGCCGGACAACAAAACUUGGCGACAGCGCAUUGGGGGCUUGGACUGAAUUCCUGAGAUUCACCAAAUCUAUCCACGAGCAGCUACUGCCCAGUGAAACUAAAGCGAAAGAGAUGCUGAGCAGCGGUCAAUACACAGUACUUGCAGCGUUCUUCAAGUCAGGACUGGAAGGGUGGUUCGAUAAACAUCUAGCCCGGAACAAUAACGAAGACCCGAUGAUUUCAGGCUCUCACCAUGAUAUCUUGUCAACUGAAUACCACAGCGUCAAGCUUUGGAUCAACGGAUUAUCCAUGCAAGCAAUCUUUUCUCGGAACUUGAAUAGGAAUGUUGCUAUGGAGGCACAACCAGAAUUCCCAUUAGUCCUAGAGGCUGUUACAGAGGCACAAAAGAUCCUCCGGAAAGCCAUCGAAUGGUCUGCUGCUGGUACACUCCAAUUCCAUCCCUGCCGCACUUUUUACCGCAUCUCCGGCGCAUGUGUAUUUGCCAUCAAGGCCAUCGCCCUUGGUGUGCAGCAUGCGAAGCCAGGCAGUCGAUACAUUGACAUGCCAAGCCUGUUCAGUCUCUUACAAAGUUGCGCCAAAGCACUCGAUGUUUCGGCGAGUGAUGAGCACCAUCCAGCCACUUACUUUUCCAAAUUGAUAAGACAUCACCUCGAUAAGCUGCAGCCUUUGAUGCAGGAACCCGAGGUCAAUCGGGAUGAUGCCGACGGCACUUUUGACUUUGACUGGAAUUUCGAGCAGUGGCCGAGUGACUUGCUUGACCCGCUUCUGCAGCUGGACAUGAUGCCUGAAAUUACAAAUUUUAACGAAAGGAGCAUGGACACUUUUCCCGGCUGA